CGAAAACUCUUUUAGAAAAUGAAUAUUUUAUCAAUAAUCACCAAAUUUGAAAAGAAGGAACAAAAUCCAACGUAAAAAUUUCAACAAAUACAAAUUUUUCUAAAACGGAAAAAACUUAUACCAGAUGAAAUAAUUGAACCUAAUAUCGAGAUAUCCAUCCCCGGUCGAAAUAAGUUCUCUACGACAGUUUUUUUUUUUUAAAAAAAGAAAAAAAUCUCAAAGGAAAAAGAAAAAGAACAACCAAAAAUAGGAAGAGGGUGAUGCAAUUUUGGGAGGGCCAUAUGGACGAAGGGAAGAGCGCAAUGAGAGGGAACCAAAGAAGACGAGAAAUUCAAGGAAACCGACGAGAGAGCCACGAUGCAUGCAUGCAUGCAUGCAAAAUACCCUUAUAAAAACGAGACGAACACAAAAAAGGAAUUGAAAAUUCAGACAGUCAAGUCCCCCCCAAUUUAAAAAAGCAAUAACAACAAGCACGAAAAAAGGAAAUAUAUAUAAUAAUAAAAAAAGAGAGGAGAUAUAAUUAUAUAUCGAGGGAAAUUAAAGUGGGAAAUGGGAGGGGUUAAAAUCGCGGCCGUGCUGAUAUGCCUGGCCGUGGGGGCCGUGGGGACGGUCAAAGGAGAAGACCCGUAUUUCCACCACGUGUGGAACGUGACGUACGGAACAGCCUCUCCUCUCGGGGUGCCACAGCAAGUCAUCCUCAUCAACGGCCAGUUCCCCGGUCCUAACAUCAACUCCACUUCCAACAACAACAUUAUCAUCAAUGUCUUCAACUUCCUCGACGAGCCCUUCCUCUUUACCUGGAAUGGGAUCCAACACAGGAAGAACUCGUGGCAAGACGGGGAAGCGGGCACCAUGUGUCCCAUCCCACCCGGUCAGAACUUCACUUACCACUUCCAACCAAAGGACCAGAUCGGAAGCUACUUCUAUUACCCGACCACUGCCCUUCACCGCACCGCCGGUGGCUUCGGCGGCCUACGUGGGCAUCAAAAUGUGACUAAAAUAAACUUUUGA